AUGUCUAGACAAGCUCAUGCACUACUUUCACUACUCCUACUGGCAACAUGUGCAGCAACCGGGGCGGAUGCGCCACCACCGCCCUUCCCGACCAUCCCAAGCCCAUUCCCGCCAGGGACCCCAAGCCUGCUGCCACCCGGCAUCCCAGGUCUAUUCCCUCCUGGGAUUCCAGGGCUUUCUCCUCCGGGAACCCCGGGUGAGGUAGCAAAGUGCUGGUCUUCACUUCAGAACAUUCCAGGGUGUGCAUCGGAAAUUUAUACCACAAUCUUGACCGGUAAAUUUGCACUAGGCCCUGCUUGUUGCAAGGCUUUCAUCGAAGUUGAUCAGAAUUGUUUGCGGAAGUUGUUCCCGUUGUUUCCUUCAAUUCCUGCAUUCCUCAAGAGCAGCUGUGCUACUGCUGCUGCUCCUAACGCAGCUGGAUCAAGGCAGUAG